UCAAAUUCAAACACACCAAUGGAGCAGCAAGAAGAGAUUGUUCCGAAUAUCACGGACGAUGAUGAAGCCUAUGCUCAAGAGUUACAGUUUCAACAAACCCUUGCCGACUCACUCAUCACCUCCACGCCGCCGCCGCCACCACCACCGCAACCGUCGCCGUCGUUACUCUGCGUCGCAUCUUCUUCGUCAAAACCUGUGGAUGUUGCAAUUAUCCUCAACGUAGAGAAGAUAAAACUCGAGACCAAUGAAGAAUCAAAUGAAUCGUCUUCUUCUUCAAUCAUCAUUUGCGAGAUUUGUGCAGAAACAAAGAAGACUGAAGAAAUGUUUAACAAUCAAAGUUGUUCACAUUCAUUUUGUUCUGAAUGUGUUAUCAAACAAGUGGAAACAAAAAUCCAUGAAAAAAUAGCAAAUGUUUCUUGUCCUGGUUUGAAUUGCAAAGGUGUGUUAGAGCUUGAAUCUUGCAUUUCAUUGCUUCCUAAAGAAUUGAUUGAUAAGUGGAAUGAUGCAUUGUGUGAAGCACUUUUUUGUUCUGUUCCUAAAUUUUACUGUCCUUUUAAGGAUUGUUCUGCAAUGUUGCUUGAUGAAAAUGAAGGUGUGGAAGAUAUUAGAGAAUCUGAGUGUCCUUUUUGUCAUAGGUUGUUUUGUGCAAGUUGUCAUGUUCCUUGGCAUCCUGGGAUUGGUUGUGAGGAGUAUCAGAAAUUGAAUGUGGAUGAAAGAGGAAGUGAUGAUCUUGUUGUUAGAGAGCUUGCUAAUCAGAAACAAUGGAGAAGGUGUCCUACAUGUAAAUUCUAUGUUGAAAAAAAUGGAGGUUGUUUGCAUAUUACUUGCAGGUGCCGGUUUGAGUUUUGUUAUGCUUGUGGAGAACAAUGGAGUUCUACUCAUGGUGGUUGCCAAAAAAAUUAGUUACAUUUAAAUUUUCUAUUGAUAAGGACAUUUCUGCUAUUUUUACUUUUUAUUUAAACAGAUUGUUUAUUUUGGUUAUUUUUAAUCAUAAGGGUAAGUUUUUUAUUGUUAAGAAAGACAUAAUAUUAGUAAGUCAAUGAUGUCCAUUGCAUUUGAUAACAAAAUAUGUAAUUGAGUCAGAGAAUUAAGUUUAUAGUUCUUUCUGA